CCCGCGGAUGCAAUCCACUAUUACAUGCCUUGAAAAUCGAAAGUGGUCAGAAGCAUUUGAGUUCUGUAAAAUGAAAUCGUGUGGUCAUCCCGGAGAGCCGGAGAACGGCAGAGUUAUUAUAACAGAUCUCCUCUUUGGGUCAACCAUCAACUUCACCUGUGAAGAAGGGCACCGGUUGAUUGGACAGCCUUACAGACGAUGUGAGAUUUCUGGCCUGCGUGUUGCAUGGAGUGGUGAAGUUCCCAUUUGUGAGCGUAUUCUGUGUCUUCCGCCUCCUGACAUCCCCAAUGGAAGGCACACUGGGGUGAUAAUGGAUGGCUUCUCUUAUGGGUCAUCUGUAACUUACAAAUGUGACAGUGGUUACCCGCUCACUGGAGAGGCCUCUAUUCACUGCACAACCAAGGACGGGCUAAACGGAGAGUGGAGUAGGUUAGAUGCCCAGCCCCACAAAUCCGGAAUGGAAGAAGAGUAUCUGGUGACAGACGUGUCUAUUCUUAUAAAGACACUGUUACCUUUGAGUGCGAUCCCGGCUACACCAUGA